UCCUUCAUUCAUUUCCGGUUACGCGACGCGACACGUGCUAGCGGAGUGCUACUUAUAAAAAUAAAUAGUGGUUUAUUGUGAUUAGAGUGAAUAAAUUCAAUAAUAUUUGAAGUGAAUCGAAAGUAGGUACUACUUAUACAUAAGCGUUUGCAGUAUUUCCACAUAAAUGGUGGGGUCAAGAGUUUACGUCGGCGGUCUGCCGUUCGGUGUCAGGGACAGAGACUUGGAGAAGUUUUUCAAGGGAUUUGGGAGGAUCAGGGACAUACUUAUUAAAAACGGAUAUGGUUUUGUGGAGUUUGAAGAUUACAGAGAUGCAGACGAUGCAGUCUAUGAACUCAAUGGCAAGGAUUUACUAGGAGAAAGGGUGACGGUGGAGCGCGCGCGAGGCAUGCCGCGCGGCUCGGACCGCUGGCGCAGCCGCGACCAGCCGCCCGCGCCGGCGCCCUCCCGCCGUCCGCCGCCGCCCAAACGCCGGGACGCGUCUGUAUUACACACACGAAAGAACCAAGAUGACAAUUACAGAUAUGGGCCGCCAACGAGGACGGAGUACCGGCUUGUCGUCGAAAAUCUGUCUAGCCGCAUUAGCUGGCAGGACCUGAAGGAUUACAUGCGUCAAGCUGGAGAAGUGACUUACGCUGACGCGCACAAGCAACACAGAAAUGAGGGCGUGGUGGAGUUCGCGACGCAUUCCGACAUGCGCGCCGCCAUCGAGAAGCUGGACAACACCGAGUUGAAUGGGCGCCGCAUCCGCCUGGUGGAGGACCGGCGUUCUUCGCGACGCCGCACGCGCUCGUCCUCGAGCCGCAGUCGCAGCCGCUCGCGUGCGCGCCGCAGCCGAAGCCGCUCCAGGGCCGGCCGCAGCCGUUCCCGCUCCAAGUCCAAGGGCAAGAGCAAGAGCCCCGCUGCUAAGUCCCGAUCUAGAUCCCGAUCCAAGUGUGUUAUUACUUGCGCUGAGCAAAAUUUAAAAACGGAUCGCAGCCGCUCGAAGUCGCGCUCGGGCUCGCCGCGCCGCGCCGACCGCCGCUCCGGAUCGCGCGGCUCCGACCGCAAGUCCGAGGACCGCAACGGACACCGCUCCAAGUCCAGAUCGCCCGCCAAAUCCAAGGAAAGAUCUCGAUCCCGCAGCAAGGAGGCGGGUUCUCCCAAGCGUGAAGAGCGCGAGGAGCGUCGCGUAAGCAAGUCUCGGUCUCGGUCCCGCUCUCGCUCGCGGUCCGCGUCGCGCGGCCGCUCCCGCUCGCGCGACCGCUCGGCGUCCCGCUCCCGCUCGCGCUCGCGGUCGCCGCGCCAGAACGGCGACGCGCCCGACGACCGAUCACCGCGCUCCGGCGAUUAGACAUACACAGAUCGUCUUUAGUGCUAUACUGACUUGAUUAUGUUGUGUUAUUAAGGUUUCAAAUAUGUACCAAAACCACGUACAUAUAAUUAUGGCUAUUCUUGGGUCGAAUGCGGUAGCGUUAAUAGCAUAGUCCUCUAUGUAAUUAAUCCUUUUCGCUCUUACUUAUUCGAUUGAUCAAUUGGAAGCUUUUAUGUUUACCCUAAGUGUAAAGCAUUUUUCACCCAGGUUUAAUUUAAGCAGGUUCAGUAUAGUAUUUUAGAUCCUAAUUAUAAGCCAUUAUAUAGUUGUAAUUUCAUCCACACAAUCUAGGAACCUAUUCAGCAGAGCCAAAGUAAGACGGUUCACACAUGGCAUUGUUUUGUGAAGUUGUUUUUCAGUAAUCAUCAUAAAAAUAGUUGCUUGUUCGAAACAAUUGCCAUAUCGAACUACUUUUACUUCGCGGUUGGAUAGAUCCUUAGUUAUUCGCUGUAGGAUUUUUAAAAUUAAUGUGUACCUUUCGUUCAAGUGUAAAGGUAGAAAAAAUUGUUUACCAAAUAUAUGAAACACAAAUACCUUUGUACUCCUGCUCGUCAUUUCAUGCAUUAUUUAUUAUCAGUGAUCGGCGCGGAUGGUGCUACACCGCGGGUUACCGAGUAGAAAUCUUCUUGAAAAACUUAAUAAAUAACACUAUUUCGAACAAGAUCGCGGCAUUUGUGUCAUGUCCGUAUUAAGAUUUUUGUGCGGAAUCCUGUACCCGCACCGAAUCGUGUGGCACCGUCCGUGCCGAUCACUGAUUACAGCCGACUAAAUUAGUUUUAACUUAAACUUUUUUAAUUACCGCUAUUCUGAUAUUUAGUUUAUACUUUUUGGGCUAGUGAACAAUUGAAUUCAUAAUUUGGCGUUGUUUGACGAGACAGAAAAGUGACUAUCAAUUUAUUUCUGUGAAAAUGAAUUAGCACUCGUGCAUUACAUUUAAAAACGUACAAUAAUUUUAUUAUUAAAUGAGUAUUGUGUAAGGGAAUUUUAAUUCUUAUUUGUAACAGGUUUUGACACGGUUUCAAAGUACAUUGUUACCUGACCGACAGGUAGGCAAUCGGAGGCAAUCCUAUUCGAUAGGCUUAUAUACCUAGUAUUUUGUAAAUAUCUAAUUUUAUUACUAAGAUUCCACCGUACGUUUAUGCACCUAUCUGAUCUGUUUCAAUCUUAUUUAUAUUUUGUGUAUAAGUUAUGUGGAAACGUGACUGAAAAUUGCUGCAGGUCUUCUGGCGUUUUUUUUUAUCAAAUCUGUGUCACACGUUGUCCUAGUUAGAAAGGAGCAAAUAGGUUCAAAAUUUGUGGGAUCUCUGACUAUUAAGAAUAAAUUACGAUACGAG